GUCGCGCUUUUUCAGAUAAACCCAAAGUUUUCAGAAAUACUCCGCAGCCGAGCUCUUCUCUCGCCGGAAUCUCAAGUUCCGGCGAUGCCCCAGGAAAUCUCGCUGUCCAGAUCGCUUCUUCCUUUACCUCAUUCUACUGUUUGGUUCUCUGCCGCAAGGAAGUGGUGUUGUAGGCUCUCUUCUUCUUCUUCUUCUUCUUCUUCCUUUCCUUGCACGUGAGGGCUGUGGUGUCUCGGAUCGCUACCCGGAUGAUGGGGUUUUCUCUCUACCCCAUGAAAACUUCGACCCCUCUUCUGUGGAGUACCAGCUUCUUCCGACACAAGAUUAUCUCAAUCAUCGUCUUCUUCUUCUUCUUUUAAACCGAUCUACUCCGAUCGAUCUCCAGAUCGGCAAUCGAGAGAUAAAGAGUACCGUAAGAGUCUAUCUAGAACGAGUAAAUAGGAAAGGAUACGUACUUGGGAAACUAGAUCUGACCAUCGCCCAGCUCCGAUUCAGUUCAGAGGAUGGAUUCCGGCCGUCUGCUCUUCGAUUCGCCUUCGACUUCCUCCUCCCGCAGCGGCUUGAUCCUCUUGGGCAGCGCCAAGUCGGACUUCCAAGGAUUUCAAGGGCUGAGGUCGGCGGUUGCGGGAUCGACGGAGGCGAGCGGGGCGUUCAAGAUCCGGCCUUUCUUCACGUCGAAGUACGAGAUUUACGAGGGGUUUCCGUCGGAGAAGAAGCGGCGCCUUACGUCGGAGCAGAUACGCAUGCUGGAGCGGAGCUUUGAGGAGGAGAACAAGCUGGAGCCGGAGCGGAAGAGCGAGUUGGCCAAGAAAUUGGGGUUGCAACCGAGGCAGGUGGCCGUGUGGUUCCAGAAUCGGCGUGCACGGUGGAAGAACAAACAAGUGGAACGUGACCUCGAUCUUCUCAAGGCCUCUUACGAUGCUCUCCUCAUUGAUCAUGACGCCCUUAUCAAGGACAACGAACACUUGCGUUCUCAGGUGAACUUACUGCUCGAAAAGCUGCAAGAAAUUGAGAAGGGGGCAUCUGAACCGAGCAGACUGAACCCGGCUGAUCAGGCAGCCUCCUCCACUGAUGAUCUUCUAAUGCCCCUGAGCAUCCACCAGAAGGUGGAGGACCUUCUGAGCACAGGGAGCGGUGGAAAUGCAUCUGCCGGCAAACCAGAGUCUCGUCUCCCUGUGGAGCCUUUACUCCUGGAGUCAGGGGGCCACCACGCCGGCAUCCAUUGUGAGGACGACAUGAGCGAUAAGGGGUACAAUCACUGUCGUGAUGGUGUCUUCACAGGACACCACCAUAAACUGCUGCAGCAGCAACAUGAGGCAGCGCUGCUGAUUCAGUGGUUGGAUCGUGUCGAAAGUACUCUCCUCCACUAAGAAAUUGGAACCAGAAAAAAAAAAAUUAAAAUCAAAAUGCAGUGUUCUACUGUCACUUCAUCUUCUUUGUUUAAGUUUAAUGUUGGCAAGUCAACGAGUUGUUGGACGUGUCUAAGUAGUUGUAAGGUACGGUGCCAUGCGACCAGCGUAUAAGACUGGAUGGUUGUUUUGUAUUUAGGGUGUAUUUGGUUCAAAUUAUUAUGUAUAAUUUUAGUUACGUGAUUA